UCCACGCCAGCGAUACACGACUCAUUGUAGAACAGGCCUAUGUGAAACUUUGGUUUUUGCGAUCCUUGAUUUCUCAACAUGGCGGACUCAAAGAAAGCGUCCGAAAAGAAGAUUGAGAAAAAGAUCGAAAAGAAGACUGAAAAAACCGUUAAAAAGGUAAAAAAAGAGCCAAAAGAUGCAUCGAAAAAUAUAAUGCGGGAAGUACGAAUCCGCAAAUUAUGUUUAAAUAUUUGUGUGGGCGAAUCUGGUGAUCGCUUGACACGUGCAGCUAAGGUGUUGGAACAAUUAACUGGUCAACAACCUGUAUUCUCUAAGGCACGAUAUACAGUACGAUCCUUUGGUAUUCGUCGUAAUGAAAAAAUAGCUGUGCAUUGUACUGUUCGUGGUGCUAAAGCUGAAGAGAUCCUCGAACGUGGCUUAAAGGUACGUGAAUAUGAGUUGAGAAAAGAAAAUUUCUCUGGUACUGGAAACUUUGGUUUUGGCAUUCAGGAACACAUUGACUUGGGAAUUAAAUAUGAUCCCAGCAUCGGUAUUUAUGGUUUAGAUUUCUACGUUGUACUAGGACGUCCAGGAUUUAACGUAGCCCAUAGAAGAAGAAAAACCGGUAAGGUCGGCUUCCAACAUCGACUUACCAAAGAAGAUGCUAUCAAGUGGUUUCAACAAAAGUACGAUGGUAUUAUUAUAACAGGAAGAAAAUAAAAAUACAUAUGUAUUUUUUAUUGUAUGUCUUAGUAAAUAAGUUAACAAAAA